AUGGCUUCCACACCGGCGGACGGAGCAGGCGAGCCGGUCGAGGCCAAGGGCAAGGGGAAGGAGGAGGGGGAGAAGAAGAAGGCGGGAGGAGGGGUGCUGGGGAGGAUGUGGCGCGGGAUCUUCGGCGGCCGCGAGGACUACGAGAAGCGCCUGCAGUACCUGUCCAAGGAGGAGGCUGCCGUGCACGCGUGGACGCGCCGCCGGACCCAGUUCUCCCGCCGCGCCGUCAGCAGUUUCGUCCUCUUCCCCCUCCUCCGGCUCCGGCUCCAGCGACAAGGGGGACGGCGCGCUGACCUUCCGUAGGCCAUCCAGCGGAUGCAGGAGUACUGGGCCUCCGUCGGAUGCAGGAGUACUGGGCCUCCGUCGGAUGCAGGAGUACUGGGCCUCCGUCGGAUGCAGGAGUACUGGGCCUCCGUCGGAUGCGCCGUCAUGCAGUGCAGCAACACCAAAUCACCACCCUUUUCCUCUCUUCUACUCCUACUUGUAUCCGCCAGCUAUGUAGAUUCACCAGCAGCAGCAUCAAUCAAUGGCUGAUAGAUAUAAUGACGGUUCUUGAUUU